GCACAGCCUCGGUGCAGUGCUGUGGUGGAUUUGCGACAAACCACCGCCAAAAACGACAACACAUACCAAAUAAUUCCUCCCGCUAACCUUGCACCUUGAUCACGUCGACGACAACUAACACUCGGGCGCCCUCACAUUUCGGACUGCGGCGCAUCGCGUUGGAUCCUGAUUCUCUGGUUUACGAAGCAUUGGAUCCUGAUUUUCUGGGUUACAAAGUCGACAGUCAGCCUUCUCAACAGCCCAAGUGUCACUGCGUUCCAUUUCAGAGUUUCAGGACAACGCCAACAUGGCAGCGUCCCUGUCUGCGCGGGCCGUCCUCACCCCGCGUGGCAGCUCUCUCUCUGGAGGAGCCAUCGCCGGGGCUGUGGUAGGCUCUUGCAUGGGGUUUUUCCUGAUUCUCCUAUGUCUGUUUCCUUUUGUCGUGCGUGCGAGAAGACGCCGGAGCGAAAAGCAUGGUGAUGCCGGCAAUGCGGAAAUGGGGCAGGGCCCCGGAGGCCCCAUUUUCCCCUAUGACAACACCGCCGGGAGCACGCCCAAGCGGCUCUCCGGGGAAGGGGAAGGCUAUGCUCCGGACACCCCGCCUGGCCUUGCAUCAUCGGCCACCUUCAUCCCGGGUCACUAUCACCCGGGGGACGGUCACGACUCCGAUCAGAAGGCGGCCUCCGAUCAUCAGUCCCAACAUACCCCGGCCCUCCCACGAGGCGUAGGUAUACAAAAACCACCUUCACCAACCACAUCAGCCACAGCAAACAACCAAGGACACCAACCUGUUCCCGAUUCGACAAGACCUCGUUUUGGUUCUAUAGCGACUACUGAAGCUGAGAGCAACCACGAAUUGAGCCUUCACGACUCGCACGGCUUGAGCCCGCCCACUCACCAAGUACCUGCCGUUUUACCUGGAGGCAUCACUCAAGAGCCGGAAACCUUUGAACGCCCUACUCAACGCCACUCCUUCCCUCAUCUUCCGGAAUCGAUCAGGAACUUCAUUCACAGGCGUCAGUCAGGCCCCAGCCGGAGGGAUAGCAGGCGAUCAACCCUUGGAGGCACCGCUGGAACACGGUCCCCUUCACUUGUCACCACCAACGACUACCCUGUUCCAACGCAUCAACCUGAACCUGUUCCCCCUGUCUUCGAGGUUGAUACUGAGGCGCCUGGAGCUGCCUACGAGUAUUACCACGGUCACCCAUAUCUAGACAGUACUGGCCAUACUUAUUCCGACGACUCUUCUGCGUUUCCACCACCGCAGCCUACGACUCUGCCUACCGCUCAGCCCGUGGUCAACCAACAAGUUCCGCAAGACUUCACCCUCCUCCGUCAAGACACCCUCCUUGCCUCGUGGGAAAUCCAGCAAGGCAUCAACCGCACCGACAGUUUACCGCCCACCACCAUUGUCUCUGACCUUCCAAGUCCUUGUGUGGAUUCGACUGUUGGGCCAACCGCCAGUCCUAUGGAAAUGAUGAGGCCUACCAACCAAGCCGAGAGCGCCUGGGCUGUAAACCAGGAGAUUAUCAAGUUGGAGAACACCCCGCCCGCUCCGGCAGUUAGCACCUUCUCCCCUCAGGCUAUUCCGGCCGAGUUCGCCUAUCCCCAGCAGAUGCAAAGCCCCCAGGAACAGUACAGCCCGGAGCCACAGUAUAGCGAGUAUACGCAUGUACCAGAAAUCCAGCAGAACGGCCAGGACUUUGAUAUCGACUCAGUUGCCUUGUACCCCAACGACGGCUUCGGUCUUCAAGACAUGUCCGACGUCUCUACUCCUCCACCAUUAUCCGAGUCCUCGAUGCAGAACACGCCUAGCACGCGGCUCACAUACUCGCCAUCGCCCAGGCCAGACUUUGACCAGAACACCAACUUUGCGCCACUCAUGGUUCCCAACUCCCCAGCCAACUUUUCUACCGGAGGCUUCUCAUCCAACCAGGGCAUGUCCCCCGGAGGAUUGUCGGCCAAUGACUAUUCCUCAUCACAGGGAAUGUCACCAGGAGGAUUCUCGGUCAACGACUUUGGAAACCAAGUGAUGUACCCCCAAGGUCUAUCCCCUUCGAGCAUCCCUCAGUCUGGAAUGUCCCCAGCAACACCAUCAUCCAGCGGCGCAUCGCCCAGAGUGUUUGCCUGCGACCAAUGCCACCGCGAAUUCGACCAGAUUCACAAGCUGAACCACCACAAACGCUACCACGAACGACCACACGAGUGCACCCACCCGGGCUGUACCAUGCGGUUCGGCACCAAGACCCAUCUGGACCGCCACAUCAACGACAAGCACAAGAAGACUCGCCAGUUCCAUUGCACGGUGCCGGAGUGCCCCUGGUCGAGACAGGGCGGCCGCUCAUUCCCCAGGAAGGACAACUGGAGGAGGCACAUGAUCAACAAGCACCAAAUCACGCCUUUGCAAGAGCCAAUCGAGUAUAACGACGUGGCCAUGGGCGACGCAUGAUGAUCUAUGGUCUACGGUACUCGAUAGGUGGAAGCUAUGUACGAUGAGGUUUGCUUGGGUGCCAUGCUCUUGCUCUUGAUGAGCGAGCUGGGUUGUUUAAUGUG